UGACACAACAAUCAAAAUGGCGACCGUACAGGAUUUGAUUUCGGCAAUAAGUUUAGUUUAUUUGAUAUAUUUCGUUAAAUCUGGAAUGGCAGCUCAUCCAAACUUUAUAAUAAUGUUAAUGGAUGAUAUGGGAUGGGGAGAUCUUGGUGUUUAUGGUGAACCAAAUAAAGAGACACCAAAUCUUGACAGAAUGGCAGAAGAGGGAAUGCUUUUUCCUGAUUUUUAUUCAGCAAAUCCUCUAUGUUCACCUUCUAGAGCAGCUUUAAUGUCGGGGAGGUUACCUAUCAGAAAUGGAUUCUACAGUGAUAAUGCUCAUGCAAGAAAUGCCUACACACCUCAAGAUAUUGUUGGAGGAAUUCCUGAUGAUGAAAUUCUUUUGCCAGAGAUUCUGAAAAAAGCUGGUUAUAGAAAUAAAAUCAUAGGAAAAUGGCAUUUAGGUCAACAGCCUCAGUAUCAUCCCCUCAAACAUGGUUUUGAUGAAUGGUUUGGUGCACCAAAUUGUCAUUUUGGACCGUACGAUAACAAGAAGACACCAAACAUUCCAGUAUAUAAAGAUAAACAAAUGAUUGGCAGGUAUUAUCAAGAUUUUCUGAUAGACAGAGAGACAGGGGAAUCCAAUCUUACACAGAUCUAUAUUCAGGAAGCACUGACGUUCAUAGAAUCACAGGUGUCAAGCCAGGAACCAUUCUUCCUAUAUUGGGCUGUUGAUGCCACACAUGAACCAUUGUAUGCUUCUAAACCAUUCCUGGGUACCAGCAGAAGAGGGUUGUAUGGUGAUGUAGUCAGGGAGUUGGAUUAUGGUGUAGGUAAAAUUCUCAACAAGCUGAGACAACUGGGAGUCCAAGAAAACACCUUCGUUUUCUUCUCGUCGGAUAAUGGUGCUGCCACCUAUGCCAAAAUUCACGGCGGUAGUAAUGGUCCAUUUUUAUGUGGAAAGGAGACAACAUUUGAAGGUGGAAUGAGGGAGCCAUCUAUAGCAUGGUGGCCAUCACGGAUAAUACCUGGACAGGUUUCCAACCAGCUUGGAUCUCUCAUGGAUCUGUACUCUACCCUAGCUAGUCUGGCUGGCCAGGAUAUACCUACAGAUAGAGUAGUGGAUGGCCUUGACCUGACAAAAGUUCUGUUUGGAAAUUAUGAGAUUAAAAGACCAUUGUUUUACUAUCGGGGUAAUGAACUUAUGGCAGUAAGGCUAGGGGAGUAUAAAGCACAUCUGUGGACAUGGACAAACUCUGUACAGGAAUUUCAAAGGGGAGUCAAUUUUUGCCCUGGCCAGUCAAUAGAGAAUGUGACAACACAUGACCAAGUUAAUCAUACUACAGAACCAUUGUUGUUUCACAUAGGACGAGACCCUGGGGAAAAAUAUAUCAUCAAGCCAAAUUCACAAGAAUAUAAAGAUAACAUAGGAUCUAUAAAACAAGCUGUGAAGCAACAUAGGGCAAACCUUGUACCUGGUAAACCUCAGCUUAAUUGGUGUGAUAAAUCUGUCAUGAACUGGUCUCCUCCUGGAUGCGAGAAGUUAGGGCAGUGUUACAAUGGACCAUCAUCUAACCCAAAGAAAUGUGUUUGGCCACAUUAAGCCUUGAAAUAGGAGUAAUACAUGUAUCUUGCAUUCCAAAGGAAAAAAAUCAUAUCCAAAGCUUUUAUAAGAUAUCAUUUAAGUGCAAUUUUGCAUAAACUGUUAUCUUUUUAGUUGUUUUAAAGUAUAACUUUCUACAUCAUGUGCACUGUGUAUAUCCAGUAGGUAACACAAGAAU